UAUAAGCCACUAUCAGUUUAGAGGACCUCUAUGUAAAAAUGCACUUAGUUUUUUUUGAAUAACUAUAUAAAGGUAUUGCAGCAAACCUAUAUAAUAUCCAGUCUAGUAAAAGAAUGAGGUUCGUUGCCCUGGUGUUCCUGGUUGGUGCCGUGGCCAUUAUAGCUGUUGAAUGCAACUCUGAAGGGGAUGCUCUUAAUGCAUUGAAAGUUAACGUGGCAGACCCAAACAAUGUGCUUCAAAGCUGGGACGCGACGUUAGUCAACCCAUGCACAUGGGUACAUGUCACCUGCAACAACGACAAUAGUGUUGUAAGAGUGGACUUAGGUGCUGCUAACCUCACUGGGACACUGGUACCUCAGUUGGGAAUGCUAAAAGAUCUUCAAUACUUGCAAGUUCAAAAUAAUUCAUUUAGUGGAGAAAUUCCAAGUGAAUUAGGGAACCUGACAAAGCUAGUGAGCUUGGGGCUAGAAAAUAACAAGCUCAGUGGCCCUAUCCCAUCAUCUCUUGGCAAUUUAAAAUCCCUGCGAUAUAUUGUCCUUUUUAUGCAGCUUUCCAUCUAUAACACCAUGCAAAUGUUCUUCAUUCUCCAACUGCUCAGCAUGCUCCUUCUCAGCAUGUUCAGAACUGCUGAGAUAUUCAAAACUGCUGAGAUCAUCAGGGUGAGAUUUAACUUAUUCCACAUUCUCAGAAUUGCCAAAAUUUUCAUGAUGAAUAAUAUGCUGCAUUGGCAUUGGACUCUCAUGAACAGGAAUUGACGAAGGAGUUGAUGAAGCACCAUUAGUAUCAGACUGUGGCCCCCUUGCUUCAGGAUUGACUGAAGAUAACAUGUCCUCUUGAGAAGAGGAAUCAACAUCUAGAUAAGGAAAAGUAGUUUCCCUAAAAGUGACAUCUCUGCAUAUAAAGAUCACCUUUGAAACAAUGUCAAACCGUCUAUAACCCUUCUGUGUUUCUGAGUAACCAUUAGAACUGCUUGUUUUGCCCUUUCAGCAAAUUUAUCACCUUUAGGCAGUUGACUUGCAUAGCACAGACAACUAAAAACCCUCAAGUGAUUAAUACUAGGUGUUUUGCCAAACAGUUUCUUAUAUGGACUCUUUCUUUCUAGGACCAUUGUGGGAAGUUUGUUAAUCAAACAAACUGCGGUUCUAACACAGUCUCCCCAAAAAACAAUAGGAAUCUCACUCUGGAACCUUAAGGCUCUAGCAACCUCUAGAAUAUUUCUAUGCUUCCUCUCUACUGUACCAUUCUGUUGUGGAGUAUAAAGACAACUACUUUGAUGGAUAAUACCAUUCUCAGCAAGUAAACUUACACAUUUGGAGUUGAAAAACUCUGCUCUAUUAUCAGACCUGAUUAUCUUUACAAUGCAGUUAAAUUGGGUUUUAAUCAGACAUAGAAACUCAGAAAGUACAGUAAACACUUCUUUCUUGGAUUGUAUAAGGCAAACCCAAGUGUAUUUGCUAAAAUCAUCAACUAAUGUGACAAAGUACUCUUUAUCAUCAUAUGUAGCCUUCUUAUAAGGUCCCCACAAAUCAAUAUGUACAAGCUCAAAACAGGCUAUUGUUUUAUUAGUACUAACAGGAAAUUUCAAUCUAUGAUGCUUUGCUAAAGGACAUAUUUCACAGUUAUCUUGAAUAUCAGCUUCUACCUUGAUCUUGAGUGAUGAAAUGUACUUCAUUGCUAAUACUGAAGGAUGCCCUAACCUCAUGUGCCAAAGGUGUCUUUUCCUUAUUGGUAUUUGGUGUUCUAUUUCCAACUGAAUGAGUUGUUAUUUGUCCAAAUUCCUGCAACAUGUAUGGCCCAUCUCUUUCUCUACCAAUCCCCACUACCUUUCCAUUGAAGAGCCCCUGAAAUACACAAAAAUCAGGCAAGAAAAUUGUUGCACAACACAGUUCCUUGGUGAGCUUAGAUACUAAUAACUGACUAAACUUGAAGUCUGGUACAUGUAACACAUUGUGUAUCCUAUGAUCACCUAAGAUAUUUGCACUUCCUGCACUUGUUAUUUGAGAUCUAUCACCAGUUGGAAAUUGAACUUUAUUAUUUUGUUGAUCUUCUAGUCUUCUAAGAGCAGUGAUCAAUUCUUUGUAAGGUAUUAUAUGAUGUGAAGCUCCUGAAUCUACUAUCCAUUCAUAUGCGAAAGCACUGGAUAAUAGAGAAGUUAUACCUUCCAUGUUUGACACACAUUUGGUUGGUGCUGUUUCAUCUAUCUUGUUCAAAACUUCCUGAUAUUGUUGAGGAGUGAAUAGACCACCAGUUUGUGAUUUGGAUCCAUUAGACUCUUCUCCUCCAUGAGUUGUAGUGAAGUUUUGCAUAAGGCUUGAACUCAGUAGACUGUCCAUUCUUCUACUUACUCUUGAAGUUUGCAGGAUAUCCUACAAGUUUGUAACAAUCCUCAUUUCUAUGCCAUUUACAUCCACAUUCACCACAAGGUGUCCUGAUGGUCCUGCUACUGCUUGGCUUUCUGUAUCUAUUUCCUUAGUUUCUACCUGCUAGCAUGGUCAAAACAUCUCUAUGUGCACCUAUUACACCCAAAGAUCUUUAACUUUCUUCUUGAGUGGUAACAACAUAGGCUUCAUUUAUUGUUACAUCAGACCUUUAGCCAACAAGUUGCUAAAACUAUCAUGCAGUCCCAUCAGAAAUUUUAUCGACCUUUUUGCUUUAAGGUGAUCUGCGUAGUGCUUUGAUUCAUCACAACAAGAUGGUAGAGGUACUAUUACAUCCAACUCAUCCUAGAGGAUUUCUAUCUUUGAGAAAUAGCUUGUCACUUAAUCACUUCCUUGCUGUAAAUUCACUAUUUCUGACCAAAUAUGAUAAAUUCUAGUCAGGUUAGAUAUAUCAAAUCUCUCCUUAAACUCAUCCCAACUCUCUUAGCAUUUAUAGCAUACACAAUGCUAGGGAUCAACUCACCAGAAACAGUACUUCCUAUCCAUGAUAGCACAAUCGCAUCACACUUCUCCCAUAAUUCUUCUAAUUCACCUUUAUAUUUACUCUUCACACAUGUUCCAUUUAUGUAGCCUAAUUUUCCCUUUCCUCUUAGUGCUAACUUCAUGGAUCUACUCCACAAAGUGUAGUUUUCUGGUCCUGUCAGUUUUGUAGGAAUUAAAACUAAUCCAGGAACAUCUGAGGCUUGUAAAAACAAUGGAUGAUGGUGAUUAAUUGUCACAGUUGCAGCAGUUGAAGUUUCUUCUCCCAUUUUCUUCCUUUGACCUUCGAUAUCUCCUUU